AAAUUCAUCUCACCUUAUGCAUAACCCACCUAUCAUAUUUAGUAGAGUUAUGAGCAAUUUUUUAGCAUUUCAAAUUUUCUCUAGAGAAAGGAAGUAGGAAGGAUAAAUUUAUCUUUACAAUUAUUUGUCUUAUUCAUAGGAAAAAAAAUACAUCAAUCCUAGGAUUCGAGCCAUGGUUUCUUCAAAAAUGGACAUGAAUCAUUAAUUUUUACCCUAAACAAAUUUUAUGUAUAUUUUUAAACUAAAACCAUAUAGAAACCUAAAAUUCUAAGAACAUAUGACUUUUCGAUGACGAUUAAGUGGCCCAUUAACUCUUCUUUAAGUACUUUUUUUAUGUUUGAUAUUUUAAUUAUUUAAUUUGAUUUUAACAAUUAAAUUUAGCUAUUGGAUAGAAAUACACAUAAUAAAUAUUUUUAAACCUUAACUUGUACAUUGUAAAUACGUCAUAUUCAAAUGACAUUUAGAUGAUGGGUCGGGCGAACACCAAACUACCGUCCAAACUAGUAUUAGGGAAGAGAGAAAACAAAAGAAUAGAGCCUUAGUUCAGAAGAAUAGAGCCUUAGUUCAGGUUCAGUUAAUGAAACCAGAUGGAGAAUUAAGUUUUUUCUCAGAAAAGUUAAGUUUUUUCUCUCUGACCUAGAGAGCUUCUUCUGUCUUUUCACUGUCCCUCAGUGGUGACGUUUCCUCUUCCAACUUUCCUCGAGACGGAUCAUAUCCCUGGUGAUUCGCAAUCUCUUCUCUCGUCUCUGUCCUUAAUCUCUGCCCCUUCUCUGGGAUUGUCUCCUUCCUCCUUUCUGUCUGUGUGCUAUUUCGGUUCCCUGCUUGGUUGUUCCUCAGUGAGUGUUCCGCUCCGUGGUUUCUUUCUGUUCCUGCUGACGUUUCAGUACCUUCUGGCCCUUGUUCUGAUCUUUUUCUUCUUGGAGUCUACUCUGUAGUCCUACCUGCAAUUUUCAAGGCGAACGAGUUAGUUGAUAAACUGUCUGGGAUUGAUCUUACGGAAGAUGAGGAAGCUUUUAUUAGCUUUGAAGAUACGGUUAAAACGAAAGGAGUUGAAGAAUCAAUAAAAGAACUUGGUUUGGUUGGCAAAGUUAUUAAAGGCAAUCUUCCCUCAGGAAGGAUUCUGAUAAGAUUCUGAGUGAAGCCUAGAAGCUGAAAAAGGAUUUCGAUAUUCAAGCAACAAAGGAAAAUAUCUUACGACUACAAUUUUACUGUUAUGGGGAUAAGAAUAACGUCCUGUUUGGAGGACCUUGGCAUCAAGAAAGGCAACUGUUGAUUUUCAAAGAAGUUCCUCCGGAUCUGGAUAUAUCGAAGGUUGAGUUCUGUUGGGCGGAUUUCUGGGUUCGUAUAAGAAAAUUUCCCCUAAAUAUGAGAAAUCUGCAAAUGGCAGAAAAGGUUGGAUCCAUGUUUGGCAAAUUUGUCCGAUGGGAUGAAUUAUACUCUGGAGUUAGCAGCGAUUAUAUGCGAAUCAGGGUGUCUAUUUCGACUCAGAAACCUUUGAGAAGAGUGGUCAAGAUGCAGAGUAAGGAAGGCCCUAUCUCUUAUAGGGUUGGCUAUGAGAGACUCCCCAUCUACUGUUUUAAAUGUGGCACUCUAGGCCAUCUGAGAAAAUCAUGUCCUUCGGCACAUAACGAAGAAGUAGAUAAAAAUGAUCCUUAUGGAUCCUGGCUGAGAGCUGAGUCCCCUCUAAAGAAGCUUUCCCUUAAGGAAAAAGAAAAAUCCCAUCAAUUGUCUAAACUAUGGGAAGAGGUUCAAGCUGGUAAAGCUAUGGAAAAGAAGAAGGUAAAAGACCAACAGGAAUCGAUUACGGAGGCUGAGAAACUAUCAGAGGAUUUGCUGGUCAUUUCUAUUAAUGAUUCUGGUACAGUUCCUGUCAUGAAUCCUAAUGAAGAACAUAAGACUCAAGAUUUAACUGGAGAGCAGGAACCAGUUCCCCCUGGAUUACAAAUUGAUACUACCUCUCAAUCUGCUGGGAAUAAACAGGUGACAAAGCUCGGUAGAAAGUGGCAUAGAAUUGAAAGAAGGGGUCUUGAGGGUCAAUCCAGUGACCUUGCUAGAUUGGAGUUUGGAAAACGGGGUGCUCUUGAUGAUAUGGAUAUUGAUGAGAACCAGGUGGGUGAAAAGCGUCAGAAAGACUUCUCUUACUCUAUUGUGGAUGGCGAAGUGGCGGACCUUGUCAAGGAGCAAGGCCGCUGAGUCCAAUGAAGCUUCUGAGCUACAACUGCCGAGGUUUGGGCAGCACCUCGGCAGUUGCUAAAUUAAAAAGAUUGGUCCAAAAACAACAACCUGAUAUUAUCUUUCUGAUGGAAGCUCGUAAAGAUGAGAGUGGAUGGCAAGAAAUUCAACGUAAGCUUGGUUUCUCUGGGGGGGGGGGGUGUGGUGUGGCUGCAAGUAAUGAUGAGGGCUGGAAGGCAGGGGGCCUCAGCCUCUUUUGGAAUAGAGAGUUUUCUGUGCUAAAAGUUUCCUCCUCACUCCACCAUAUUGAUGCUAUUGUAACUAGCGAGGAUGGAAUGAAAAGUGGAGAUUAACCGGUUUCUAUGGAUGGGCUGAACAUGAUGAAAGAUUCAAUUCGUGGAACUUGCUUAGAGACCUAAAUAAUGGAUGUUACUUACCAUGGGUCUGUAUUGGUGAUUUCAACGAAGUCCUGUCUGGAAAUGAAAAAAGAGGUGGUAGACUCAUUGAUGAAAGCCACGCCAUGGAGUUUAGGGAAGCUCUUGAUGAAUGUGGUCUCCUAGAUUGUGGCUUUAAUGGCUACCCUUUACAUGGGAGAAUAACAGGGCAAAUGAAGGAUUCAUUGAGGAACGACUAGAUCGUUGUGUGGCCAGUUGGGAUUGGAAGACCUGCUACCCUAAUCACCAAGUGAUCCAUCUCGAUAGAUGUGGUUCUGAUCACUCUCCUAUCUUGCUUUAUACAGAAGGGAGGGAUGAGGAAGAAAUUAAGUGGGGCUGGUACUUUCGAGUGGAAUCCUUUUGGCUUAAGGACCCUGAAAGUGCUGAAAUUGUGAACAGGGCGUGUAACACAAAUGCUAAUGAGGAUCUGUUAUCUAUUCUCUCAAAAUGCAGAGCGGAUCUGCUGAGUUGGAGUAGAAGGAAGUUUGGAGAUACUAAAAAGAAGAUUGAGAGGAUUGAAAACCUUCUCAAAACUUUCAAGUUCAAACCUAAGACUGAGUUGGUGAUUGAACAGAGAAGGGCUUUGGAAAAGGAAAGAAGUGAGCUCAUCCUCCAAGAAGAGGAAUUGUGGAAACAGAGAUCCAGAAUUGACUGGUUAAGAGGGGGAGAUAAGAACACUAAAUUUUUCCAUGCUAAGGCCACUGCCAGGCGUAAGAGAAAUACUAUUAAGAUGCUGAGAAAUGAGCAGGGCAGGUUAUACAAAGGGCAAAGAGAAGUAUCUUCAUGUAUUCUUGAUUUUUACAGGGAACUUUUCAAAAAGGGUCAAAUCCCUAACUCGAACCAAGUUGUUCAAGCUCUAGAAAGAAAAGUAACUUCAUCUAUGAACAACAAGCUUCUGAGAACUGUUUCUCCUGAGGAAAUUAAGCUGGCUCUUGAUCAAAUGGGGCCUUCUAAAGCUCCUGGGUCUGAUGGUUUCUCUGCAGGCUUCUUUCAAAAGAAUUGGAAUACUAUUGGCCCCUAAGUGAUAGAGACUGUCCUGAAUUUCUUCACUCAUGGGACUCUCCCUAGUGAGCUUAACCACACUCUUAUAGCCCUAAUCCCUAAGGUCAAAGUUCCUAAUACUGCUAGGGAUUUCAGGCCUAUUAGCCUCUGCAGAGUGAUUUAUAAAAUCAUUUCUAAAGUUCUAGCUAACAGGUUAAAGCUGAUUCUGGAUGAUUUAAUCUCUGAGGAACAAAGUGCUUUUGUUCCGGGAAGGUUUAUUACUGAUAAUGUGAUUGUGGAUUUUGAAUGUUUUCAGUAUAUGAAGAAAAGGGAGAAGGCAAGGGAUGGUUUUUUUGCUGCAAAACUCAAUAUGGCCAAGGCCUAUGAUCGAGUGGAAUGGGAUUUUUUGGAGCAAGUGAUGCUAAAACUCGGUUUUGAUGAAAGGUGGGUCAGUUUGGUGAUGAAGUGCAUCUCUACAGUUUCCUAUUCUAUCUUGGUGAAUGGGCAUAAGACUGAGAGUUUUUCCCCUUCUAGGGGUCUUAGACAGGGAGACCCCUUGUCUCCCUACCUCUUCCUGUUAUGUGUUGAAGGUCUCACUGCUCUGAUCAAGAAGGCUGAGAAGGAGGGAAAACUAAAUGGGAUCAAAAUAAGAAGGAAGGCGCCCACUAUCUCCCAUUUUCUAUUUGCAGAUGACUGUGUCAUCUUUGGCAAAUCAAUCCUAAGGGAGUGUGAUCAACUCAAGGAGAUUUUGGAUACCUAUACUAAGGAAUCGGGUUAGCUGAUAAACUUAUCCAAAUCAGAGUUAUCUUUUAGUAAGAAUGUGAAAGUAAGCAGGAAAUUGGAAAUUUGUGGAACUUUUGGAAUCAAAGAAGUGGACAAACACUCUAAAUAUCUUGGAUUGCCUACUGUGGUGGGAAGAUAAAAAAAGAGGCUAUAUUUGAGGAAGUUAAAGAGAGAGUUCGUUAAAAACUAAAAGAUUGGAAGAGUA